ACAAAUGAAAACGAGAUUAUUGCUUUAUGGUAAUGGAAAUAACUAGAACAUUUUAAUAUGUUUGAAAGACUAGGUAUGUUACUAAAUUUACUAUUUCUAUGGUAAAGAGAGAGAGAGAGAGACGUAGUGUGAGAACUGGUUUCAUUGUACACAUUCUACAAGUAAAUGCAUAGUUUUUUAGUUUUCCAGAUGAAAUCAUCUUUUAUACAACUUGCAAUGUGAUUUGAUUGCUCUGUUAUAGCUCUUUUAUUGGUGGUCUAAUUCUGUCAGGCUUUCCAUUCAAACCCCUAUUUUCAGGAGUUUAUGAGCAGACAGUUGAAAAAAAAAUAACCAGCCAAAAACUUGGCAUUCAUGAUCUUGGUUCAGUAUAAGGUACUUGCUUUAACAAAAUUUUAAAUAGUCAGCUCUUUUUCAAAGUUGUAAGCAGCACAAAGAGGAGUGAAGGAAUUUCUUUGGUUAAAUAGAUAGUGAAUGUUUUUCCAGACAACUUAUCCCAGUUAGAUUUACAAAGCAAACUUUCCCCUUCUAGAAAUCAUUUAAGUAUGUACAUUCCUAUGUUCCAGUUGCCACAAGAUCUUGCCUCAAGACUUUCCUUUUCCUUUGCUGUAGUUCGUAGCAAAUAUCCUCUAUCCCUGUUCACUUUUAUAUCCAUCCAUGCCUUUUUAAUUCUCCAUAGUAUAUUUACGAUAAAAAUGUCUUUAAAUUUUGGCAUUCUUUUGUCCUUUUUUCUUCUCCUUUGCAGUGUCUAGUUGAACAAAAUAGUAUAUGACUUUACCUAUUGGUUGAAAAACAAUAUUAACUUUGAGAGAAGUUGUGGUAUAAAUAGCAAUGAUUUUCUUGAAAUUAAAUUUCUGAAAUGCAGACUGUAAAAACUAUUCUGAAGAGCUGUCACUUAAAGAGCAGGCUUUAGGCAAGUUUUUUUUCUUCUUCCGGAAAGUGUGGAUGGCAGCUUGAGUACUUUCACAAUCUGUUUUUAACCCACUAUCAUUUGCAUGGUGAACACUUAACUACUAUUGGUUCAUAAAGGUGUUUGUGGGUUUUGUGUGACUUUUAUUUCACUUCUUAUUUUUUUAUAAAUCAUUUCCUGAAGACUUAGUACAGAAAUGUAACCUACUGCAGGAAGCGAGAUGAUCUUCUGGAAAUCUUUACUUUCGCUGUACUCUGAAGAUAAUUUGCUUCAGGCAAGAGAUUUUUGGGUGCUGCUGAAAUUUCGGAGAUCUGGGAAAAUGGGAUAAUAACAUGACACCAACUCUUAAGCAGCAACAUCUGCUGUGGUUCAAAGCCACACAAAGAAAGCUGCUUAAGCAGUUGAAUGUUUUGGACUGCACGGACAAGUGUGGUUCAACUGUGAAGACUGCGUGCGGAAUAGAGGAAACUUAAAGUUUAGAGAAGUUGUUUAAAAAUGGAGUCGUGGAAGAUGAGCAUCUUUAAGAGACAAACAUCACCUUGUCCUCCAAGCUAUCGAAGAUCUUUGUCAGAACCUGCUUAUGCGAAUUCAGAGAUAGGAACAAGCUUCAAGAGUUAUCCAUGGUGUGGUCCAGCGAAAAGCAAGAGAAAGAAAAAUGAACAGGCUGUUUCUAAUCUAGGAAAGCCACUGGGUGCUUAUCGGUGGCAAACACAUUCCAGCCUUAGGUGGAAAGGGAGCAAAAGGGAGAGAUUGCAAAAUAGUAAAGAAGACUUGGAUGAACCACAACAAGAGGUCCUGCCAAAGAUGGUUGAUAAUAAUGCUUCUUCCUCUGCUAAUGAGGUCCUUGGAACAUCAACAGAGAAGCUGAACCUGGUCAACACCCAGUCACUUCGGGUUCCAUUCACCAGAUCUAUUUCAGAGCCAGAACCUCGCUGCGAUAUUAGAUUUGUUAGACCAUGGCCGACUUCAGUGAGGUCAGUGCAGUCUGAGCAGGAGGGAUAUUUCAUCCGUGGCAUUUUCUCUACUCUUUCCAAUGGCUUCUCCAGGAUGCUGAGUCUAAAAGGAGAAUCAACCAAUGAGCCAGUAAGAGAAGAUGUGAAAGGGCCACCUACCCAUCGUCUGUCUUGUGGCCAGUCACCCUACACUGAGACGACAACAUGGGAACGGAAAUAUUGCAUCCUCACAGACAGCCAGUUGGUGUUGCUCAACAAAGAGAAGGAGAUACCUGUGGAGGGAGGACAGGAGCAGCAGACAGAUUCCACCAAAGGGCGAUGUCUGAGGAGAACUGUCAGUGUCCCUUCCGAGGGUCAGUUUCCUGAGUACCCACCAGAGGGCGCAGCUAAACUGGAGGUGCCGGCAGAAAGGUCCCCCCGCAGACGGAGUAUCUCAGGGACCAGUACGUCAGAAAAACCCAACUCCAUGGACACUGCAAAUACCUCACCCUUCAAAGUACCAGGAUUCUUCAGCAAGCGCCUGAAAGGCUCCAUCAAGAGGACCAAAAGCCAGUCAAAGCUUGACAGAAACACGAGCUUUCGGCUUCCAUCCCUCCGUAAUACAGAUGACAGGUCUCGUGGGCUGCCUAAACUAAAGGAGUCACGUUCCCAUGAAUCCUUGCUGAGCCCAUGCAGUGCGGUGGAGUGUCUUGAUCUUGGUAGAGGAGAGCCUGUAUCAGUGAAACCACUCCAUAGCAGCAUCCUUGGACAAGACUUCUGCUUUGAGGUUACCUACUUAAGUGGAAGUAAAUGCUUCAGCUGUAACUCUGCUUCAGAGAGAGAUAAGUGGAUGGAAAACCUUCGCAGGACAGUUCAACCAAAUAAGGACAAUUGCAGACGAGCUGAAAAUGUUCUUCGUUUAUGGAUCAUUGAAGCCAAGGACCUUGCCCCUAAAAAGAAAUAUUUCUGUGAACUGUGCCUUGAUGAUACCCUCUUCGCUCGUACAACCAGCAAGACCAAAGCAGACAAUAUUUUCUGGGGUGAACAUUUUGAAUUCUACAGCCUUCCACCUCUUCAUAGCAUCACAGUUCACAUUUAUAAAGAUGUGGAAAAAAAGAAGAAAAAAGACAAGAAUAAUUAUGUAGGGCUAGUCAACAUCCCCACUGCCAGUGUCACUGGUCGCCAAUUUGUAGAAAAGUGGUAUCCUGUGAGUACACCUACACCCAACAAAGGAAAGACGGGAGGACCUUCUAUUCGAAUUAAAUCACGUUUCCAGACUAUCACCAUUCUGCCUAUGGAGCAAUACAAAGAAUUUGCAGAAUUUGUCACCAGCAACUAUACCAUGCUGUGUUCUGUCCUUGAACCAGUAAUUAGUGUGAGAAAUAAAGAAGAAUUAGCCUGUGCCUUAGUGCACAUUCUUCAGAGUACUGGCAGAGCCAAGGAUUUUCUGACCGAUUUGGUGAUGUCUGAGGUGGAUCGAUGUGGAGAGCAUGAUGUCUUGAUCUUCAGAGAGAACACCAUUGCCACCAAAUCCAUUGAGGAAUACCUCAAGUUGGUGGGACAACAGUAUCUUCAUGACGCUUUGGGGGAGUUCAUCAAAGCUUUGUAUGAGUCAGAUGAGAACUGUGAGGUGGAUCCCAGCAAAUGUUCAUCUAGUGAACUGAUAGACCAUCAGAGCAACCUGAAAAUGUGCUGUGAGCUGGCUUUCUGCAAGAUCAUCAACUCUUACUGCGUUUUCCCUCGUGAGUUGAAAGAAGUGUUUGCAUCAUGGAAGCAGCAGUGCCUGAACCGUGGCAAGCAAGACAUCAGCGAGCGGCUCAUCAGUGCCUCAUUGUUUCUCCGUUUUCUGUGCCCGGCCAUUAUGUCUCCCAGUCUUUUCAACCUUAUGCAGGAGUAUCCUGAUGACCGCACGUCUCGGACUCUGACUCUAAUUGCCAAAGUCAUUCAGAACCUGGCUAACUUUGCCAAAUUUGGUAACAAAGAGGAGUACAUGGCAUUCAUGAAUGAUUUUUUAGAACAUGAAUGGGGUGGAAUGAAACGCUUUCUUUUGGAGAUCUCUAAUCCAGACACCAUCUCAAAUACCCCAGGCUUUGAUGGUUACAUUGAUCUAGGCCGAGAACUUUCAGUUUUGCAUUCCUUACUGUGGGAAGUAGUUUCCCAACUUGAUAAGGGUGAAAAUUCCUUCCUACAGGCGACCGUGGCAAAAUUGGGACCUCUCCCUCGUGUUCUUGCUGAUAUUACCAAGUCUCUGACUAAUCCUACACCAAUACAACAGCAACUAAGACGCUUCACUGAGCAUAACUCCAGUCCAAAUGUCAGUGGAAGCCUCUCCUCUGGGCUGCAGAAAAUAUUUGAAGACCCCACUGACAGUGAUUUGCAUAAACUAAAAUCUCCAAGCCAGGACAACACGGAUAGCUAUUUCAGAGGGAAAACAUUGUUGCUGGUUCAACAAGCCUCCUCUCAGAGCAUGUCUUAUUCUGAAAAGGACGAAAAGGAAGGUAGCCUUCCUAAUGGUCGGAGCAUCUCCCUCAUGGACCUUCAGGACACUCACGCUGCUCAAGUGGAGCAUGCAUCUGUCAUGCUUGAUGUGCCUAUGCGCUUGACGGGAAGCCAGCUCUCCAUAACCCAGGUGGCCAGCAUCAAACAACUGCGGGAAACCCAGAGCACUCCCCAGAGUGCACCCCAAGUGAGAAGGCCCCUGCAUCCAGCCUUGAACCAGCCAGGCACCCUCCAGCCCUUGUCAUUCCAGAACCCGGUCUAUCACCUCAAUAACCCAAUUCCCGCAAUGCCAAAGGCCUCUGUGGAUUCCAGUUUGGAGAACCUAAGCACUGCCAGUUCCAGAAGCCAAAGUAACAGUGAAGACUUCAAGCUCAGUGGACCCAGCAAUAGCAGCAUGGAGGAUUUCACCAAACGUAGCACUCAGAGUGAGGACUUCUCCAGGCGGCACACUGUGCCCGACAGACACAUACCUCUUGUUCUGCCACGGCAAAACAGUACUGGGCAGGCCCAAAUUCGAAAAAUGGACCAGCCUGGGUUAGGUGCCCGAGCCAAAGCCCCACCAUCCCUGCCACACAGUGCUUCCUUAUGUAGCACGGGGAGCAUGUCGGUGGCAUCUGCAGCUCUGGUGGCCGAACCUGUGCAGAAUGGGAGCCGGUCCCGGCAGCAGUCCUCUUCCUCCAGAGAAAGCCCUGUUCCCAAAGUGAGAGCAAUCCAGAGACAACAGACACAGCAGGUUCAGUCACCUGUGGACUCUGCCACAAUGUCCCCAGUGGAGAGGACAGCAGCCUGGGUGCUGAACAAUGGGCAAUAUGAAGAAGAUGUGGAAGAAACUGAGCAGAAUCAAGAUGAAGCCAAGCAUGCUGAGAAGUAUGAACAGGAAAUUACUAAACUGAAGGAGCGCCUGAGAGUGUCCAGCCGUCGGCUGGAGGAGUAUGAACGCCGGUUGCUGGUGCAGGAACAGCAGAUGCAGAAGCUGCUGCUGGAAUACAAGGCCCGGCUGGAGGACAGCGAGGAGCGCCUACGCAGGCAGCAGGAAGAGAAAGACAGCCAGAUGAAGAGCAUCAUCAGCAGGCUAAUGGCUGUGGAAGAAGAAUUGAAAAAGGAUCAUGCUGAGAUGCAAGCAGUUAUUGAUGCAAAGCAAAAAAUAAUUGAUGCACAGGAAAAACGGAUCGUGUCCUUGGAUUCGGCCAACACCAGACUGAUGAGCGCACUGACCCAAGUGAAGGAGCGAUACAGCAUGCAGGUCCGCAAUGGCAUCUCCCCCACCAACCCCACCAAGCUUUCCAUCACGGAGAAUGGUGAAUUCAAAAACAGCAGCUGCUGACGGGCUUUGUGAAUAGACAGACUGUGGGAGGAGACAGAAGGAAAUUUCCCCACUCUCCAGUCCCCAGCCCUUUACCCAAACCCACCAGGUCUACAGAAUGUUGCUACUUCAAAAGCAUUGUGGCAAGAAACUCUUGAAUGAAGAAAGGAACCUUGUCUUUCAGGGCAUAAGGCUAAGACUUCCAAGGUCGAUGCUUUACCCUCAUGUCUCUAUGUACAUAGGGAACUUAGUCCUGGGCCAUGUACAGAAAAUACCACUGUAAUAUACCAAAAGGAAGUUAAUAAUGUAGAUUACCUUUUUAAUUAUUGCUAUUUUUAUUAUUGUUUUCCUCUUUGUUGAAAGCACUGCAGUUGUUAGAGGAGAAAAGUAGGAACUAUGUGUGUGUGAGAAAUGAGCCCAGGGGUUCAGUAGGUAGAGACCAAGUAUCUGUCUGAUAGAAGCACAUGGUGUGCAAUAGGACAUUGUCAGAAUGAAUUUUUCAGGGAUUCAUCUGCCAGUUUAAUAACCCCACUCUGGCCCCCUUGUCCUUUAGGAAAACAUGCAAAUACCAAGAUCCAAACAAAACAGUUUAUCCCAUUGAUCAACCAAGACUGGUUCUGGAUGGACAGCUGAUCUGAUUUGGGGAUGCACUGUUUCAGAGGACACAGAUAAGAGCUGUUGCAUCAAAACUGGACUUUAGGAGUGAUUUCUACUGAACUCCUGUUGAUGUGUAUUUCCUUCUGUCAGUAGCAGAUGGGAAUUUUCCAUUUUAGAUAGGGGGCGCUUUUUUUUACUCCAGUUGUAAUAAAGGGUGUUCUUUUUCCUCUUUAGAAUUUACAAAGCUAUAAAUAUUUGUGUCUCUAUAUACCACCUUCAUCUUCACACACCCACUGCCCUUUCCUCCCCCAUGUGGGAGCAGUCAUCACCAACAGGGUUUACUCUCCCCUGGAGAGGUUAUUCAAAGAUGCUGUCCAUAAGCCAUCUGAAGUCAGCACCCUUUCUUCUGCACAGAAAAGGGCUAACCAUCCCAUAGCAGGAAUCUCUGAAUAUUUCCUAUUUAGAAAAAAAAAAAAAAGACAUUUUCUAUUGGUAAGUUAUAAUUUUUGUUUGGUAUGAAGAUUUUAUCCAUUGUACUAGCAAAUCUCCGGGCACAGUAAUCUUAUCUCAGUCUUUAACUUUUAAAUUGCUUCUUUUCCUAAUCCUCUCAGUAAAAUUUGGAAAGGAAAUCCAAAGCUGAAGCAUCACUCUCUUAAAAGUCAUGAUUACUCUUAUAAAAAAGAAAAAGUGUGAAGAUGGCACAGUUGUUAUUCCAGUUGUUAUUCCCACGCUCUUAGUAGAUUUGGCAAUAAUGACCCAGUUUCACCAAUUGUCAUCCUUGGCUUUAUUGUGGGACAGAAACAAGUCAUGGAAGCUAGUUUACUUCCUUUUUUCCAGAGGUGUGAAAUGUCAUCUUGAAUGCAGACUUGAUUAUCAGAAGUAUGGAAUGUUACAUGUUAAACAGAUAUUAUAUAUACAAAUAUAUAUACAUAUAUAUUCACACGUAUGUACAUAUAACUGCACAAAUAGGAAAAGUUCAUGCCUUCUAUGCUGUCAGAUAUAAUGUUAAAAGGGUUUUGAAUCUCUUUAAGCAAGAUCUAAGCGGUCGUUUAUAUUGAGAAAGCAACAACAUUUCUCAAAUAAGUUAAUGAUGUUUAUUUAAGUAAAUUAUAAACUUUAGGGAAAUUUUUAAAAAGGAAAGGGGGAGAGAAAACAAAAAAAAAGGAUCUGAGGGAGCCAUAUGCAUGGAGUGGGUGUUUCUACAGAGCAGAAUGUUUAUAAGGGAACAGGAGUGAAGCCCAGACAGACCCCAAGCCCCCCUUUCACCACGCCAUGCUUGCGCACUGCUCUCUCUCAGUGGAUCUUUAUGUCGGACCUUGCAUCGUCAGCAACAUCACCAUGGCCCCCCAGCCCCAACCUUCUAAAACAUUUCCCUUCAUAACACUCCCAUGUCUCCCAGUCAGAUCUAAAACAGGGUUCUGCUCCUUGUGCUUAUCUGAUCUGCAGACUUCAGGCCCACAUGUUUUGGCACUUGUAUAUUUUCUUGACCAUUAGUAGUUACCCUACACAUUCUCAUCCCUUCCCUCCAAGCUGAGGGCAUACUGUGGUCAAAAUCACUUAUUUUAAUAGGAAAAAAUUACCAAUUCUGAAAUAGUAGUGCCCCUUGUUGGAAGAGGGGGGAUUGUAUACAUAGUCUGUACUUGUUUGUGGCUAUUCUCAGCUCUAGCCAUGUUUAAUUAAUUCUUUGUAAGAGCCUUCAACUGUGCCACAGAAAACCUGGUAAAAAGAAUUGUCCGUUUUGAUGGCCUUAAGUAUGUAACGUGGUUCAUGUCUUGCAUUGAGGUUUGAAAGCUCUCAAGUGUUGGUUAUGGAUUACAGAGGGCUGAUAAACAUCCCUAUAUUGGGGGAUUGGGGAAGACACAAAAUUAAAUGUUUUUGGUGGAUGCCAUAUGUCUUGUUGGCAUUGUGAGAGCUCUCUAGAGGGCUGCCUACUUUGGAAGAUUAAAUGCUCAAAAAGUUUGCAUAGAUUAUGCAGCUCUCUAUUAUCAGGUUACCUUGAAUGAAGAGAAAACGAGUGAAAAAAAUUAAGGUUAGAAGUAAGCUAGAAGUUGAGAGUUGUUGCCAGAUGUUAAAUUUUAGAGUAUCCUUUGAGCCUAUCCCUAUCCAAAUAUUUUUCUGAGUAUUUGUUUAGAGAAUGCUGCAAUCUUUAGAAUUAUUCUGUAAGGUUUUUUUAAGUAUGGAGGAAGGCAGCAACAGCUGAUAAUUUUUAUGGAGGUGUUGCUUAAUUGGCUUUUCUUCAGCCCAAAUAGGUACAUACCUCCUGUUUUGCUGGGAGGAGGUACGUGGUUGAAGACAAGCAGGAGGAUUAAGAUUCUCCUUGCACUCCUUCUUCCACUCGUCACAUCACCACAUUGUGGGGCUCAGCUUAGACCAGGGGUGAAUGGGAUUUGGAAUUCAGGUGCAGUGCUUGCAAGCUGCGUAUUGACCUGACACCAGACGUGGCCAUUUGCAAGGACAGUUUUGGUGGAGUGUAGGCAAAGACCUUCACGUUCCCCUCUUAUGUCACUGGAGCAAUAAGCUUUCUAGGCCAAAGCAGCAAAAAGAGUCACAUUUUCAUCAGGCCAUCAUAUUCCCCGAGUCUCUGCAAUACCCGCCAUGACAGAGGGGAGAUGAUAGCUAGGGAACUAUAGCAAACCCUUGAGCACUUAGUGUUCCAGCCACUGUCACCAAGGGACUGUUGGGGUCUCAGGCAGUCUGUUGGUAAGGGAAAUGUGGUAAAAUGAGGUACUCAUACUGCUAUUGCUUUUUGCUUUUUUCACCUGGUAUCAAUAAUUAGCUUUCUCUGGUCUGCUUCCAUCUUUCCCUGUGAUGGUGUUGGACAGUGAAAGAUAAAGCAGGAUUUCCUGUCUACGACUGCUGUGUGCCCUUGAGAAUUAGCUUGACUUUGGACAUAAAACUUUUCAGAUCUUAGUCUACCUACCACCUUUGUUUAUGGAUCUGUAGUUCUGUGGACCUCUGGCUCUGUCUUCAGAGGCACACUGGAUUUGGGAGCAAUUCUUUUGUGGAAGUCCCAGAAUAAGACAAUUGCCAUCAAGUGA